AUGGCUGCCAGUAUGGGGGGACCCAACUUCGGGGGAGGACACCCUGCGGGAAUGGGACAUCCAGCAGUUGCUGGCCAUUCUAUGGCCCCCGGUAUGCCUCACAGUGCCGCACAGCAGGCUCCCGGCGGGAUGCCUCAUCAGUUCGCCGCACAGCACUUGGGAGUAGCGACGCCCGGCGGCCAGGUAAACCCAGCCUUGAUGGGCGCGAUGCCACCCGGUGCCAACCCCCACGGCCAUCCUCUCCAACACAUGAGCCCGCAGCAACAGCAGAUGCUCCAGCAGCAACAGUUUCAGCAACAAUUUCAAAAUAAUUCCACCACCAUGGCCGCCAUGCGGCAACAUCAACAACUCCUACAACAACAGCAGGCGCGGCAAAUGAUGGCUCAGCAGAUGCAGCACAUGGGACCUGGGGCGGGCGGCAUGCCGAUGGGCAUGCAGUUUAAUCAACAGCUGCACCAGCUUAGAGCGCAGGGUAGACUUCCGGCCCUCAUGGCCCAACAGUACGCCAUGCACCAACAGCAGCAGCAGCAGGCGCAGGCACAGGCACAAGCGCAGGCACAAGCGCAGGCUCAACAGCAGCAGCAGGCGGCACAGGCCCAGCAAGCCCAGCAACAACAGGCUCAGCAGGCCCAACAAGCCCAUGCCCAGCAGGCUCAGGCCCAACAGCAGCAGUCACAGCAUGCCCAGCAGCAAGGCCCUCAGCCCCAGCCGGGCCAACCAGGAGGCCAACCCAACCAGAUGACUGCGCAGAACAUGCAGAGCAUGCAGCAGAACCAACUUGGUGGUGGCCAAAACCAAAUGCCCGGACAGGGGCAGGGCCAACCGGGCCAGCAAGGCCAGCAGGCGCAACCACAGCAAGCCCAGGCACAGGCGCAACCUCAGCCGCAGCCUCAGCAGCAAGGCCAGCAGCACCACACACCGCAGCCUUCCCAGGCAGGUACCCCUGCCCCAACAGGAGCGCAAACCCCCGCGCAGACCCCUGGAUCUACCCCAGCCCAACCGCCAAACCAACCCCCACAGGCACAGCAACCUCAGCAGCAUCAACCCCAAGCUCAGCCUCAAGCUCAGCAACAGAUGGGCCAGCCGCAGAUGAACCCCGUCGCAGCAGCACAGCAGAUGGCUCUGCAGAACCAGAUGUUCCAGCAGCGGAGAGAAGCCAUGAGGGCACAGUGCAUGUCGAAGCUCAUGCAGUUCAGCGAGUGCCUGGGUGGCAUCCCUCCCCAGCGAACAAAGGACGACCUGUCGUACUGGAACGCAUUCGUUGCCCGAUUCUUCUCGCAGAAUGGAGUGUUUAGACACUCGCUCCACAUCACCGAUUCUGACGAGACCACCGACAAGCAGUACGAGAUCGCUUUCCCUGCGAUCGCCCGCUACUUCCAUACAAACUUCAACAGUGGAGUCAAGAACAUGCAGUUGAUUAUGGAUAAGGGUACUCAAGAUCGUGCUUUACCGGGCGACUGCUACUGCAUCGAGAGUCCCAGGGCGAGCCUCGUCUAUUGGUUUGAGACAGGGUCCCAUCUCGUCGCCAGCGGCACCCUUCGCGCGCAAUUCGACGCGGAGCAGAGAAUUGACCUGUUCGAGUUCGUAACGACUGGUCAUGAAGAGUAUAUCUCCCGGAAGCAGGUCAUCGAUGCUGCCAAGCCUGUUCAUAACUGGAUGAAGGAGUGGAGGACAGUGAAUGCUGAGGCGAAGGGAUCCCCCGAGCUUAGCAAGAAGGGUAAGGGCCGUCCGCUGAGGUCACCGCAGUCACAUCCUCCUGAGUUAUUGCCGGACCUACCGGAGUCUGCGGUCAACAGCAAGGGAGUCACCGAUGCCGUCCAUCAGUUUCUUGAGAUUGUUGAGGUCAUGGGACAGAUGAACCCCCUGUUUGGCUUCUGUCAAGCAACCAAUGGCAUGGGACCAUAUGCAGCACUCGAGCAAUACGUAGCACAGAACAUCAACAUUCCAGGCAUGAACGGCCAGCCUGUUCCUGUUAACGCCAGAACUCCGAGCUUUGGACAGUUCCAGAUGGGCGCCAGUCCUAACCCAGCCCACAUGAACCUGCCAGGCUCCCCUCACAUCGUUGCCGGCAGCCCGGCCCCGGGCCAUAUGCAGUCUCCGGCCAUGCAGCUCCAAGCCAGCCAGCAGGGAACCAGCUCCAGCGGCCCGAGUGCAAACACCUCACCGCAAUCAAACAAGCGACGACGACCAUCUGGCGUUAAGGCCGAAGAUGAUGGAUCCAGCGCCCCUACCCCCGGAGCCCAGGUUAAUGGCAUCCAACGGAAACCCGCGACGCCUCGCAUGACUAAGAGAGUUAAGGGCAAUCCUUAG